AUGUCGCGGCAAGAAGCAAACGCCAACGCCUCCUCGUGGGUCGUUGCGUCCCGACGAAGCUGGGCAGUGUCCCGGGCUCCAGAAAGAAGGCCUAUGGAGGAUCCAAAUCGAAGAGGUCAGGGAGUGCCUAAGAGCGGCGGAGGAAGCGGCUGGAGGUAUCCAUCUGGGCUCCCGCAGGCAGUGGCGGCUGGUGCCCGCAAACCGCCGCUCUGCUUUGGGGUAAAGUCCGUGUGGGUCGGCGCUGUGAUCGGUCGUGGUGGGUCAAAAAUACAAGAGAUACAGAGUAUAACGAACACAAAAAUACAGAUAAUAAAAGGUUAUCCAGAAGCGGAGGUCAGAAUAUUUGGUACCAGGGGAAUGAAGACCAAGGCCAAAACAGCAAUAGAUAAUGUUGUUAAACAACAAGAAAAUUACAAUCCCAAACCCAAAAUUGAUUUACCUGCAAUUAAGAAAAACUUUUACAUAGAGUCAGAAACAACAAGUUCAAUGACACAAGAGCAAGUGGCUAUUUGGAGGAAAGAAAAUUAUAAUGUGAAAAAUGAUCAGAAGCAUCAGAUACCAAAUCCUACAUGUACUUUUGAGGAGGCCUUUAAACAUUACCCAGAUGUCAUGGACAACAUUAAAAAGGCAGGAUUCAGGAAGCUGACACCUAUCCAGUCACAGUCCUGGCCAAUAGUGCUGCAAGGAAUAGAUCUUAUAGGAGUAUCUCAGACUGGAACUGGGAAGACAUUGUCAUAUUUAAUGCCUGGAUUCAUCCAUCUGGAUUUGCAACCAGUAAUUAAAGAAAAAAGGAACAGACUGGGGAUGUUAGUCCUUACACCCACUAGGGAAUUGGCUCUUCAAGUUCAAACGGAAUGUUCUAAGUAUUCAUCUAAAGGCCUUAAAAGUGUUUGUAUAUAUGGUGGAGGAGAUAGAAAUGAUCAAAUACAGGCACUGAAAAAAGGAGUCGAUAUUAUCAUUGCAACUCCUGGAAGACUAAAUGAUCUGCAGAUGAAUAACUUUGUCGACCUGAGAAGCAUUACUUACUUGGUGUUAGACGAAGCUGACAAGAUGUUAGAUAUGGGGUUUGAGCCCCAGAUAAUGAAGAUUUUAUUAGACGUGCGCCCAGACAGGCAGACAAUUAUGACCAGUGCAACGUGGCCAUAUGCUGUCCGUCGACUUGCAGAGUCUUAUUUGAAAGAUCCUAUGAUUGUUUACGUUGGUACUUUGGACCUAGUUGCUGUAAGUACAGUGAAACAAAUAAUUGUCACCACAGAAGAAGAAAAGAGAUCUCAUGUACAAGAUUUUAUAGAAAGCAUGUCUCAGAAAGAGAAAGUCAUUGUCUUUGUUAGCAGAAAAGCUGUUGCCGAUCACUUAACGAGUGACCUGAUUCUGCAACAUAUAUCAGUGGAGUCCCUACAUGGCAACAGAGAACAAAAAGAUAGGGAAAGAGCAUUAGAAAACUUUAAAACAGGUAAAGUAAGAAUACUGAUCGCCACAGAUCUAGGAUCUCGAGGUCUUGAUAUUCAUGACGUCACACACGUUUAUAAUUACGACUUCCCCCGGAACAUUGAAGAACACGUACAUAGAGUAGGCCGGACUGGAAGAGCAGGGAAAACUGGAACAUCCAUUACUCUCAUCACAAGAAAUGAUUGGAGUAUUGCUGGCGUUAAUAUUCUAGAAAGAACACGCCAGAGCAUCCCAGAUGAACUUAGAGCAAUGGCUGAACGAUAUAAAGCAAAUAGACUGAGAGGAGAAAGAGAAAAAUGGGGGAAAACCCAAGGAAAAUACAAAACGUGUUAUUACUAAUGCCCUUGUUAAAGUACCAGCUUACUUACAAAGAAGAUUUCAAGACCUUAGAAACUUUCGGAUAUGUGGAAAUACUGCAAACAUACUGGUUGUAUGAAGAGAUGACUGAUUCUAAAAUAAUAGUGUUAAAUAAGAUAGAAUUCAGUAUUUUAUACCUUUAA